AUGGCUUUCUGGAGCAGCAUGGUACUGAUUGUGUUAGCAAUGCUCUCGACUGUUCUCACGACUCCUUCCACCGCAGAGGAACGACGUCGUUCAGACCUUGAAUUUCAUAAAUGGUACGUACACAUAGUCAAUAACUUGAGCCAAGGCAAGUUGUUAACCGCCCAUUGUAAAUCCAAAGACGAUGAUUUGGGCAUCCAUCAAAUCCCCGUGGGUGAUGAACAGAAUUGGAGUUUUAGACAAAACUUUUUUGAAACAACUCUGUUUUGGUGCUCUUUGGCCAAAGAUAAUGUUCAUGCAGACUUUGAUGUGUUUUGGGACGAUGACAACUUUCACUACAGAUGUAGCUUCAAAGACUGCAUAUGGGUGGCAAAGGACGAUGGCAUAUACUUGAAAAACCUUCCUGAGGGCUUCGACGAGUAUCGUCAUGGUUGGAAACAAUGA